CGCUGGAGGAGGGUACUCACUCCGGUGUGAGCGGACUUCAGAGAGGCUUCCUGUUUACCUUAACGGUACUGUGGAAGGAGAGUUAAUCUCACCGCGACAGGACGCUCGUUUCUUUCUGCAUGUUCUUGUCGCACCUGGCUGCCUGAGCGCGCACGCUGAGCGGAACAUCUGAAUUGGAGCCCUCCUCACUUCCUCACCUGCAACUACUUGGCCUGUUUAACCUAACCGAGGGACAUGUGAGGCUUUUCUGACCUCCGCUGCAUCUCGCUUGAUUCUCCCGAGCUUCUGGCUGGAAGGAUGCCAAACAGAUACUGGAUCUGCAUGUGUCCAUAAAGAAGUAUCCAGGUGCAAAUCACCACAUCUGGCAGUCAUGAGGAAUAGAGGGCUGAAGACGCAGUCCUGAAGAUUGAUGGAGGGCCAUGCUAUUCAAACAGCAGGCAUUGCUGAGACAGAAGCUCUUCGUUCUGGGCAGCCUUGCUAUCGGAAGUGUUCUCUAUCUUGUGGCCAGGGUUGGGACCUUGGAUAGGCUACAGCCCAUUUGCCCCAUUGAGAGCAGACUGCCCCCUGCUGAGCCAGAGCAAAUCCCUCUCCGCACCCUGCAGUAUAAGCGUGGCCUGCUCCAUGAUCUACGCAAAGGCAAUGCCACCAAAGAGCAAAUCCGCCUGCACAACCUGGUGCAGCAGUUACCUCGGGCCAUCAUCAUUGGGGUUCGCAAGGGGGGCACUCGUGCCCUGCUGGAAAUGCUCAACCUGCACCCAGCAGUGGUUAAGGCCUCUCAGGAGAUUCACUUCUUUGACAAUGACCAAAACUAUGCCCGGGGCAUUGACUGGUACAGAGAGAAAAUGCCCUUCUCUUUUCCCCAUCAGAUUACCAUUGAGAAGAGCCCUGCCUACUUCAUCACAGACGAGGUCCCUGAACGCAUCUUCAAGAUGAACUCUUCCAUUAAGCUACUGAUAAUUGUCCGUGAGCCCACCACAAGAGCUGUGUCCGACUACACGCAGGUGCUGGAGGGCAAAGAGCGCAAAAACAAGACCUACCAUAAGUUUGAGAAACUGGCCAUCGACUCCAAUACUUGCGAGGUGAACACAAAAUACAAAGCAGUGCGGACCAGUAUCUACACCAAACACUUGGAGCGCUGGCUGAAGUACUUCCCUGUGGAGCAAUUCCACAUUGUGGAUGGGGACCGUCUCAUUACAGACCCGCUGCCGGAGCUGCAGCUUGUCGAGCAAUUCCUCAACCUUCCCUCAAGAAUCAGCCAGUAUAACCUGUACUUCAAUGCCACCAGGGGAUUUUUCUGUCUGCGAUUUAACAUUGUCUUCAACAAGUGCCUGGCAGGCAGCAAGGGCCGCAUCCAUCCAGAGGUGGACCCCUCAGUGGUGACAAAACUGCAGAAGUUUUUUCACCCCUUUAAUCAAAAGUUUUACCAGAUCACUGGUAGGACAUUCAACUGGCCAUGAUGAGCUUUGGACUCCUCCAAUGAGAUUCCUUGGAUUGGUGUUUUUUUUUAAAUGCCAAGCUAUGAGAUCUCAAAAAACAUAAAUAGCACUUUGACUGAGUUUAAUACAACGAUGACAGUGUGACCAAAUAUAAAAAAUACAUGGUGUAAGUUUGUUCUUACAUGGUUAAAAUAAAACAAAACAGUUUGAAGGUUUGACUAAAAUAUUCAGUUCAAAGCACUUGAUCUUGCAGAUGAAUUCACCUGUCUGUCAUUGUACUGUGUGAUUAACUGAAGAGAUUAUUUUUGUUGCUCUUUAAAAGACUAUCAAACACUGACAUUCAUGCUGUUAAGAUAAGCUUUAAAUGUGAUGCUUUCCUCAUGAUAAAACACGAAAUAUGACAAAAUGACAUUUGAUAACAAACAUAAUUGUUCAAUUGUUCAUUCUUUUUAUUUGAACAAAUAAACAUAAUACUGUUUAUUUGACCAAAACUGCAUGUGCAAUCAAGAUGUCAUUAUAACAUUGUACAUUUUUGUAAUAGUUGUCUUCGGUUGAUAUGGGUUUCCACCACAUUUAAUUGGUCAUUCAUGCUGUGAUUAAUCCAAUAAUUAAUCCAAUCCUAACCUCUUCAAUUCUCAACAAAACACCCAGUCUGAAGAGCAGAACAGGCUCAUCAGAAUAGGAUCUACAGUUUGAAGCUUGACUCAAACCAUGUCCAAAACCCUUGAAGCAUUUAAGACUCAAGCUUGUGUUUUUAAUGUAAGUAUGCCCCCAACAGCCUUUUCAUUGGUUUGCACCCGGCAAAAAGCCAUAAUGAAAAAAAAAAAGGUUGUCCUUUGAUGAUUGUUGUCAAACCAACUAUUGAUUCUAUGAUGAUUAGCAAAAUCUGUCUGUUUCUGUGCAAAAUAUUCAUUCUGUAUCAUAAGUGUGUUGUUAAAAAAGGAUCAAUUAAACAAGCGUGUAAA